ACUGUUGGGCGUGGCCUGUCUUCAUGUUUUGUUGCAGUGUCAAAACAAAUCCAAUGAUAUGUGUAUUUCUAUGUGCCGCGCGGAGUUUUCAUAAGAAAUUCACUGAGGUUUGUGAAUCGCCUCCUACGGCUCGGUAGGAAGGAGGAAGUAGAGUGGGUUUGCUGUUGACGAGGAAAAGAAACUAAACUCCUCUACAUUUCUUUUCUGGAUUAUCUGGAGUGGAGGAGUGGGAGUAGGUCGGGAUGUUUGCCCGGAAAAACAAGCGAGCAGCGCCUAAAGGCCAAGGAGCAGCUGCAGCCAAACAGAUGGGAUUGUUGCUUGAUUUCAAGCCUGAUGAUAUGAUGGGUAUGGAGGAAGAUUUGGAUGAUCCAGCAUUAGAAGCGGAAUUUGCUGCCAUUGUUGGGAAGAAACCCAAUCUGGCUGCCAAGGGGAAAAAGGCUGGCAAAGCUCCUUUACCAAUGGAGGAUAUUGAAAAAAUGGCAGAGGCUUGCAUGAAAGACAUUGAUGAUGAUGACGAUGAAAGUCUGGAGGAGGACGAAGACCUCUUGGCUGAGCUGCAGGAAGUGGUUGAUGAGGAGGAAACGGAAGACUCAGGUGCCGCAACCCCAACCUCCCUUCUUAGUGCGGAAACUCCUUUAGCAGGAACUACACCAGCAGCUCAGGACACUAAGGCUUCUUCAGUUCCCGGGAGCAUUGAGCACACCUUAGAGGAGAGAAUAAACCUGUAUAGGAUGGCUGUUACCAAUGCCAAAUCUACAGGAGAAACCUCUAAAGCUCGGAGAUAUGAGAGAGGCCUCAAGACACUACAGACUAUGCUGGCAUCAGUGCGAAAAGGGGGGAAGAUAGACGAAACUGAGAUUCCCCCUCCAGUUGCGUGUGGAGCAUCUGAUGGUCCCAUUCGGCCCCCUGCCCCUGCAGUGUCACCGGAUCAGCACGGGGAGAGUGACAGCGCUGUAGAGAUCUCCCCCGUUUCCUCGGAAGCCGUCCCUGUUGUCAUGGAUACAGCAUUAAACCAUAGAGACGAGUCUUCUGGUGUAACGUCUCCAGCUUCACUGACAUCUCCAGAAGGGGAACACGCUGGAAGUGGCACUGAAUUGCACUUAGCAGUCUCCACAGUCGGACAGCCCAAUAAAGGCGUUCUGCUGGAGCUACAGAAAGAGUACAGGAUGGCAGCUCUCAAGGCCAAACAAGCAGGAGAGAUUGACCAAGCCAAAAUGCAUAUAAAGGCCAGUAAGGGAUUCGAUGCAGCAAUUGAGGCUUUGGAGAAAGGACAGCCGAUGGAUGUGAGCUCCCUUCCGCCUCCUCUGUCUCAAGCAUCUACUCAAGCCGCACCUCAGGCUGCUGUUAAAAUCAUACCUUCAGCUUCUGCAGACAGUGUUUCUGGCUUGGCUCAGCCCAAGACUGUUCUUGAAGCUCUGGAACAGAGGAUGGCCAAGUACAAAGAGGCCCUCACACAAGCGAAGGCCAGUGGGGACGAGCGCAAAGCCCGCAUGCAUGACCGCAUUGCUAAACAAUACCAGGCUGCCAUACGUGCCCAUAAAGCAGGUCGACCUGUCAAUUAUGACGAACUUCCAGCCCCUCCAGGCUUUCCUCCAAUCCCAGGCCAGAAGGCCGCUUCUCCUGACCAGGGAUUGGCUGCUGUCCUAGAAACUGCCAAUAAGCUGACAUCUAAUGAAGCUGAUGAUGCUGAAGAGGAUGAUGAUGAGGAGAAGGUUAAGGCUCCAAAAGCAAUAGACCAGAAGAAGCCCAUUCUUGCAGUACAGCCUACAGUACAGAAGCCCAAGAGGACUCCUUCACCUUCCCCAGACAGAACAUCCAAAAGAGGAAGUGUGCCUGACACCGCUCAGCAACAGCUGGAGUUUCUGGAGGGCCUCAGGAAGCAGUACAUGAAAGCAGCUCUGCAGGCAAAGCAGAAGAAUGAGCUAGAGCAGGCCAAGACACUCCUGCGCACAGCAAAGGGUUUAGACCCCAUGAUAGAAGCCGCCCGUAGCGGCAAGACUGUGGAUGUCAGCAAGGUGCCUUCACCACCUGGAGAUGAGGAUGAGGACUUUAUUUUAGUCCAUCACAGUGAUGUUCAGAUCUCAGAGAAGGCUGAGGAGGUCUACACUCAACUCACCAAACUACUCAAAGAGCAACAUGAGAAAUGUGUGACCUACUCCAAGCAGUUCACACACAUGGGGAAUGUUGCAGAAACAACCAAAUUUGAGAAGAUGGGUGAACAGUGUAAAAAGAGCCUGGAGAUUCUUAAACUGGCGCAGAACAGGGGGCUUCAGCCUCCGAAACAUCACUUUGAGGAGAGAACAUAUCGCACUGUCAGGAUUUUUCCGGAGCUCAGUAGCACAGACAUGGUUGUGGUUAUUGUUAGAGGGAUGAACCUUCCUGCUCCCUCUGGUGUUGCAACAAAUGACUUGGAUGCCUACGUUAAGUUUGAUUUCCCGUACCCCAGUACAGAUCAACCUCAGAAAUAUAAAACAUCAGUCAUCAAAAAUACCAACAACCCAGAGUACAACCAGAGUUUCAAACUGAACAUCAACCGUAACCACCGUGGCUUCAGGAGAGUUGUACAGUCUAAAGGCUUGAAGCUGGAAGUGUUGCACAAAGGUGGCUUCCUGAGGAGUGACAAGCUGGUAGGAACCGCCCACCUCAAACUGGAGAAACUGGAAACUGAAAGUGAAGUGAGAGAAAUAGUGGAGCUUAUGGAUGGGCGAAAGGGCACAGGUAGUCGUCUGGAGGUGAAGGUGCGUCUCAGAGAGCCACUGGGUGGGCAGGACCUUCAGACGGUCACAGAACGAUGGGUGGUGUUAGAGGAGCCACAGCUACUGCUGUAACUGAUGCUGUGAUUUCAUCUUCACAAAGUGUCAGUGGGUUUAUCAGAGCAGAAGAAGGUAUGGACGGUGAAAGCUCAACAGUGCUGCUAGCCUUGGCUACAAACCGAGCGACUGAGAUCGCGAGGAACUUUUCUCAAGCCGUUCACAGACAGACAUGGUCACUGACAAAGACCGUUAGCUUGGUUUUUUUUCAUCAGGGUGAAAGAGGUUGGACCAGGAUGUAACAGUUGGGGUGGUUAUUAAAAAUACAGGAGAUCUUAUUAAAAGGAGCUGGAAAAUUUACACAGACUUGCGUGAGAUUGAUUUGCCUUUUAAAUGGGCCUUUUGAGAUAGAUUGCUCACCCCAACUGGUACAUUAAACAUUGAAGCUGAAGCCAAUGAGUCGAGAGCUAACUCCUCUUUUUUUUUUUUUUUUACUGCUCUGGGAUGCACUUAUGCACUAAUGCCAAAGUAAUCACUGCUGCUGCAGUAAGAUGAAUGACUUAAUCUGUUCUCCCAAUUCCUGUCAUAUCUCCAAUACUAAUGUAUGACUGCUAUGCAAAUGAGCUAUAUGCGACCAGCUAUGCAAAAAGGUUCGAGUUUGAAUCCCAAACAUUGUCAGACAUUUCAAAUCUUGUUUACACCUGAUGUGAAUACACCGCAUUGUAUAAGAUAGGUCGUGUUAAAGUACUGCUGUUAAAUAUUAUAUUCCUUAUAAAUGCCAUAAACCAGCUAUUACUACUUGAUCCAGAUGUAAAUUAUUCACCAAAUGUUCUGAAUAGUCUAUUUUUUAAUGUCUGCUUCAGUGGGUAAAUGAGUGUUGUACCAUGUUUUGAAAUUGUUGAAAAAUGUAUUUUUAUUUUUCAGUAAAUUUAAGUUUUCAGCACUUUGCUGAUAAUCACUCA